CUGGCGUGAUCAAAUCUCUCUAAUUUUCAUCAGCCAACAGAGAAUCAGACUUUGUUUGACCUUGACCGGAAGUCAACUUGUACGUGUUUGGCUCAGCCCUUGGGACUGUUCAUUGCUCUUGAAUACCACCUACUUCCACAUCUGGCAAGGCCGACCUCCGUUGUCUAGUGGUUCAGCGGAAGAAAGUCGUGCCUUUGACCUGGUGAGGGCAGGGAUCGAGAUCGCUGUUCCACACCAGGUAGACGGGGCCAAAUCCGUUAUUUUUUGUCCCAAUGUCUCUACUGCUCUGUCGAUUGCGGAAAGAGUCAGUGUCAGUUCUAAGCUCUCCAGAGUAUCGAAAUCUGUUCUGAGGUGACGACGCCACAAGCGUUGCCAAGGCUCUCUCAAUAAUCGGUCCACGGCUGAUUUACUAGACAAAGUAAAUUCUGUAUCUGUUUGAGCAAUUCAAUAAACAACGAUCGCGCAUGCCGAGAUGCAGAGCGAAUAUACACAACAUAAUGUUUCGAGAUUGGCUUUAACGAAGAUCAGACACCGUGUCGCUAAUCACCGUUUGCAGUAGACGCCAUGUCCUUUGCGGAAGCUGGUCGAGUUCCCAACAACUCAAAACUUUCCGCUUCCGGGUGGUAGCAGACAUCCCGUCGCAAUUACCGCGGAUUUACACAUUCAUGACGUCCGUGGAGCCGCAUCGCAUCAAGUGAGCAAUGUAUGGCGACCGAGAGCUUGCUUGAUACAUCGACGUCGAAAGCUCUACUUGUUAAGAAAGCACAUGACAUGAAUUCGGGUUUGCUUCUUCUGGUGGUGUCGACCCUUCUGCUCUGCUCUGCGGCGCGGAUGCAGGCUGCGCUAGUUCCUGAGGAGGAAUCUGCUCUGGAAAGCAUACGAACGAGUUUCAAUCAGCCCAAGUGGACGGGCGAUCCGUGCUCAAACGCUCAGUGGAUCACAUGUUCCGGUCUAUCCCAGCCUGAUAAUGUGUGGAAACUGAAUUUGGAAAAGCAAAACCUGACGGGAACUAUACCGGCUGACAUAACUAAAUUUCGCCAAGUUCGAGAGCUAAUUCUCGCCGGGAACAGGCUUGAUGGUCAGAUACCAGAUUUCAGCAAUAUGACAAGUCUCCAAAACUUAGAUCUAAGUGACAACAACUUAUCCGGAAGAAUACCAGAUACAAGUGUCUUGACGAAUCUUACUAGAAUAGCACUGAAUAGAAACCAACUGAGUGGAGGCAUCCCGGCAUCUAUUUUCAACCACACAAAACUCGAAAUAUUAUUACUACAGGACAAUCCUUUGGGAGGACCUAUUCCAGAACUAGAUAACCUGAAUAGUCUACAGAUUCUAGAUUUGACCAACAUUCAGGCGAAUGGGACUGUCCCUUUAUCGAUUGAGAAAAUUGAGAAAGCGACAGAGAUAUACCUGGGACAUAAUCCCCAAUUGAGUGGAACUCUUCCAGCCAUGAGCAACUUGAUCCACCUAAAAUUUUUUAAUGCAGGAUUCUGUGCCUUGAGUGGAAACAUUCCGGACCUGAAGAACACGGGUGGUCUAGAGACGCUAGAUCUGCAGAUGAACGACUUCAGUGGAGAUUUCCCAACUGCUUUGUUACGCCAUGAGUCUCUUCGUCUAUUGUAUUUGAACAACAAUCCCAGACUCUCUGGGUCCAUUCCAGAUACCAGUAUGCUGAAGUCCCUUCAAGAAAUGUACACAAACGAUUGUAAUUUAACUGGAGAGCUGAAUUCGCCUGCUUUGAGAAAAAGUAUAAUUCUCCAAAAAGUAGGAUUGUGGAACAAUCGAUUGGAAACAUUUCCUCUUGACUUGGUGAAUUUGACGCAACUGGUGCAGAUUGAUGUUCACAACAAUACAAUGACUGGGAAUUUACCAGAUCUACCCGCAGGUGUCGACCAAAUCACCAACGGUGUUUAUCUCAAGUCGCUAAACUUUAGCAAUAAUCAUUUCUCAGGAGGACUUCCAAGUUCGUGGUAUCAACUUUCUUAUCUUGAAGAGAUGGUUCUUGAUUCAAACAACCUGAGUGGAGUUAUAGACCCAGCGAUCGGUACUCUAACGAGUUUGAAAGAAUUGAGAAUCAGAAAUAACAAUUUUUCGGGACCUAUGGCAGAAGAAGUUGGUCUACUCCAAAAUCUUCAAAUCUUAGACCUUAGAAACAAUCAAUUCAGUGGCAAUGUACCUCGGAGUCUUGCUAACCUUCCUAAUUUACACACGCUGUUGCUGGACAACAACAGAUUCACAGGAAUACCGGACGUAUUAUUGAACAAGUCGCGAUUGCUUAUCUCAUACACUAACAAUGACAACAUAAGAAUCAUCUACGCAACGUCUGCCACUGGUCUUUCUACUGGAGCAAAAAUCGGAAUUGUGAUUGGAGUGUUAGCUGCCUCUGUAAUCAUCGCGGUCUCGGCCACCAUACUCUACAACCGUAGACACAAAAAAUUCGAUGCAGGGCAGUUGUCCGCACAUGACAUGCCUGAGGCAGCCAAAAGUUUCUCUCUGAAGGAAAUAAAGGCUAUUACUCAAAAUCACAAGAGGGUGAUUGGAAAAGGAGGCUUUGGGCCUGUAUACUUUGGCAAAUUGGUAGACGGCAAGGAGGUAGCAGUCAAAGUUAGAGCAACUGAUUCUAAACAAGGAGCAGAAGAGUUCUUGAAUGAGGUCCGACUUUUGUCAAGAUUGCACCAUCGCAAUCUUGUAUCUUUGGUUGGUUACUGUCUAGAAUCACAUCAACAAAUUCUUCUCUACGACUACAUGUCCAAGGGCACUUUGUACGAUCAUCUUUAUCAAAGUUCUGAAUCAGAUAUCUCAAAUCCAGAUAACCCUAGUUCCUCGACAAAUGAGAUGUCACUACAUGAACCUCUCACUUGGAAAACAAGGCUGGAUAUUGCAAUCAAUGCAGCAAGAGGGCUCGAAUAUCUGCACAAGGAUUGCAACCCGCCAGUUAUACAUAGAGAUGUGAAGAGCUCCAAUAUUCUGCUAACUGAGAAGCUACUAGCAAAAGUUGGGGACUUGGGAAUCUCGAAACAGGCAGAUGAGCAGCACUCACGAGAAACUUUGAAUGACAGUGGAGUUUCCACUGUGAUCAAGGGCACUUUUGGUUAUCUGGAUCCUGAGUACUUCACCCGAAAUAGAUUGACCACCAAGAGUGACGUGUACAGCUUCGGCAUGGUGCUUUUGGAGAUUAUAACUGCCAAAAAGCCACAAACACAAAAGUUUGUUCACAGUUCUGCCAAGAACAUAAUUGAUUGGGUACAAGGUGCUUUGAGCAGUGAUCAGCUGGAGUCCGUUGUCGAUCCGAACCUCUUCAACGAGUACGAUCGAGAAAGUAUGAUCAUGGUGGUUGAGACGGCUUUGUUAUGCCUUCGUCCCAAGGGGACGAAGAGACCAGAAAUGGGAGACGUGGUUCGCGUGCUGACUAAAGCCUUACAAAUGGACUUAGGAUAUGUCGACAGCUCGUCAACAACUGACAGCCAUCGAAGAGUUUCCAAAACUGCUGAUCUGAUCGCCCCAUUGACGUCUUCAAGUAUUGUCAGCUCAUCCAGUAGGUCUUUUAGCUUGCAGUCUCUUCCUUCGUGGGAUACAGAUGCGAGAUAAGCUUAGGGAAGUGCUGUCUUGAUGAUGUUCGGUCCUUUAUAACAGCACAUCUGACACAGCCAUUUCUUUUCCUAUGUUCCAUUAUUAGAGAAGGGAUAGAUCUUACAAUGGAGAAAUUUUACAAGAAAGCUUCGGAAGAUGCCUUUCUUGGGGCACAAAUCAUGUCGCUGUAUAAUAGUGACAAGAAUGACAUGAGUGUGAUUGUCACAAUGGUACCAGUUUUUGAUGAAAGUUUUGUGAUGGUUU